UGCCCAAUUUCUCACAAGUAGAAAAACGGGUCCACUCUCACAGUCGAAUCCAGAUACAAAUCAAAACAGAAGAUUGACCGCACCGUGCUCUGUUCACAUGUGCUGAGGGUCUUCAUUUGACUAAUUCCUUGCUCGUAACACUGGCACCCCUCAUCUUUGCUUUCAAGCAUGCGCUAGAAACUUGGGAGAGUAUGCAACUUACCUCCUUACACCAACAACACUCUAUGUUCAGUCUUCCCCCUUUCCCAGGUACCUGAAAACACGAUCUACAUAUCUAUACAUCCCAACAUUUUCUUAAAAUGCCCGCGCAGCGUCCCCGCGCAGCUUUUGAGCCGCUUUCCCCGAACCUAGAUCUGGAGGCUUUAGUGGAAUCAACACCAAAUUUCGAGUACGCUACUAGAAUUCACUGCGAUGCUAUUGAUAAAAAUGGCUUGGACGAUUUCGACAAACUUGUCGCGCUUCAGGUUGUCCGACUAGGAAAACCUCUGGUUAUUGAAGGAUUCGAUAGAAGGCUAGAUCAUACCCUUUUCUCCGAGAAGUGGCUCAGGGGUCAUUAUUCCGCGAAAACUGAAUAUGCGCGCAAUCUGAGUACAAAGACGGACCUACCUCUUACAAUCGGACAUUAUCUUAGAAAUAUGCCCCUGCUGACCGACCAAUGGACUUCGUACAACUACAAAGACCCUGACCGACAGCGCAUCUAUCUGAAAGAUAUUGAUUGCCCCCCUGAGUGGCAUGAUGAGUUAAAAAAGGUUAUACCGUCGCCGGUAUUUUAUCUUAACAAUGCCCAUUCGAAUGCCCCGAUUGCCAGGGCCGGUGAUUUGAUGAGCUGCCUUCCUCCAAGUGCGCGUGCAGAGAAUUUGAUGUGCUACAUCGGUCACGAAGGCACCUAUACACCUGCCCAUCAAGAAAUGUGCGGCAGCCUUGGCCAGAACAUAAUGGUUGAAGCAUCGGAUGGCUCAACUGAAAACGGCAAGGAUACCAAGCCUGGAUCUUCCAUUUGGUUCAUGACUGAAAGCAAGGACCGUCGUGCUGUUUCCGAUUACUGGAUGUCCACCUUGGGUCAUGACAUUGACAUCGAAGACCAUUUUGCACAGAUAAACGCCUGGAAAGCGGCACCAUUCAAAACGUACGUCGUCGAGCAAAAAGCAGGGGAUUUUAUUCUCAUACCACCUCUAGCAGCACAUCAAGUCUGGAAUCGUGGAACGAGAACCAUGAAAGUUGCUUGGAAUCGGACGACCGUGGAAUCCCUAGACAAGGCCUUACAUGAAGCUCUUCCUCAUGCAAGAAUGGUUUGCAGAGAUGAGCAAUAUAAGAACAAGUCCAUAGUGUUCUUCUCACUAGAAUAUUAUUCAAAUGUUCUAAGAAAGGCCCAGAAGCCCGAUAUCAGCCGCCCAGCUUUCAAGAAGCUGAUCAGGGAUUUUGAGCAGCUGUUCGGCCUGUACAAUGAGGUACUUCUUUCUGAAUGCUUUGGAAACAAUUCACCCGAACAAGAUAUUGAGUUCAUCCCUUAUGAUAGCAAUAUCACAUGCUCAUACUGCCGUGGGAACAUUUUCAACAGGUUUCUCACUUGUCCCAACUGCGUCGCCCCCUCAAUUUCAGACGAGGAUGAUGCGUAUGAUAUUUGCAUGGAAUGUUACGUGAUGGGACGAAGCUGUAUCUGUAUUUCUGCUCUCAAGUGGGUAGAACAAUUCGACUGGAAUGAACUUCAAGAGAAGCAUGAAGCUUGGAGGCAGCAGCUACUGAAGGUCAAGUCAGAUCUCGGGCAGAAAUACUUGCCUUUGAAUACACAAAGAGAGCGGUUGAACAAGAGGACGCUGGCUGAAAUUUGUCAAUCAGAGCUAAGUAGACGGCCCUGGGUUGAUGUUAGCAAACCAAUCGUCCAGUCCGAACCUAUGGAAGAGAAGGACAGUGACACGGAGGAGACAACUUCUGCGCGCAAGAAACGAAAAAUGUCUCGUGGAGAACCAACAGAGAAAGGUGGUCGCUGCCACAUCUGCAAGUAUGUUGAGCCAUUGUGGAAGCUUGCGUCGUGCGCCCAUUGCUCCAAGCAUUAUUGUUACGGAAGUCUUUAUAGGGCUUUCAACGUGCUGCCUCAACAGACGAUGGAGGUCCUGGAUUGGAAAUGCCCAAAAUGCAACAAGAUCUGCAGUUGUGCUGCUUGUCGCCGAGACCCGACGAUGUGUCCUUUCGAGCCCACAUGCAUGUUACUCGGACAUGACACACGAAAAAUAGCUGACCCGCGUAGUGUGGAAAGUCUUGUGGACUUUCGGCAUUCUAACUUACGUUGGUUGAAGAAGGCUGCGGAUGACGAGACCAAUCGGAUAAAGACGCAUCAGUAUCCGAAUCCUCUCCAGAAUCCGGGUCAGCAGAACGACGCAGACGAAGAGAACGGCCACCUGGCACCCGCGCCAAAUGUCCAGCUAGAGGAGUCGUCUGCAGUCUCAGCACUUCCGACCAAUUAUGAAGACAUUCCAGUAGAUCCUGCAUUGGAGAGCUUAUUAUUAUCUGGCGGCGCAACGUCUACUCCCCCCGACAUUUGA